UUCAAAAUGGACGCAAUGUCUUUUGUGUUCCCAUUCUAGAUCGCGUGAGCAGAAGUGAUAGGUUUUUGCAGUUUACAUUUUCCAAAUAAAAAAGUGGAGUGUAAAAACUGAAAAAGGCCAAUGAAAAUGAAUUUGUGAUAUACUGCAAGUAAUUGGGUCGUAAGAUUUGACCAAGGCCCAAUGGGAAAUGCAAAUUACGUCCGAAUAGUGAAGCCCAUAGAAAUAGCAACUCGGAUAGUGUCCGAUGGAAUUUUGUAAUACACCAAUUGUGAGUUUUCUUUGUGACCUCACUUUUUCCGUUUCGGUGUUCGGGUGCGUUGAGAACUAUAAGCUGCGUGCUGGUAAAAGUUGGCCAAAAAGUUGUAGUGCGUAAUACAAUUUUCAUCGCAUUGCUAAAUAACCAAAGUUGGAGUAAUAGCUAACCACAAUACUGCAGUCGGAAAAGAUAGCAAAAACUUCAGAAGCAGAAACCAGCGGCUGGCAGUUGGUGUGCGGGUGUUUGUUUGUAUGUCAGCCCUCAAUGAACGAAUGCCUGGCUGGACACACGAAAAUCCGAGAAACGCACCGAGAAAGAAAAUUGAAGAAGACGGUGCGAACGAUCGGGAAUUGUGACUAGUAGUAAUUGGGAUUGGGCAACUUUUUUGUUUUAUGCAAACUUUUAUCUUCUUUUUUAAUGCUGAAAAAUUAUGAUGGAUUAGUAAAACGAUGCAAUACGCAUGCAUAUUUACUUCCACGUAUCACAUAAAUAUGUAGGUAUCUUGUGUAAGUAGACUAAAGCUGAGAAGUGUUGAAUUUGCAGUAAAUGUGCAAAGCAUUUACGCAUAAUUGUAUAAAAUUAUAGCUGCGUCAAGCUAUUUUAACUUUUACAAAAAAAAAGAAAUAUAAAUAAAAAUUGCUAUCCAAAUACCAAGCAACAAAUUUCAAAAGUGCCUACAAACAAGGACAAAUUUUAAUUCCUUUAAAAUAUAAAAAAAGUGAUAAACCCGGAUAAUCGCUUAGCGUUUGGUCCGCUAAAAAAAUAAUUAAUUAAAUAUUAAACGCGUUUUCCGUAUUCAAUUUUAUUCAUCCAAGAGCGACUUUAUUUUAUGUUUACCUUCAUCAUUGAUCCAGAAAAAAAGCGUAAAAAUAACCAUCAGAAACUGCUACAGAAUAGAAAUAUAUUAUGGAAAAAGGGAAAGUUCAUGUAAAAAGCGAACAACGUGGCGUGUCUACACAAUCACAACAACAAGCAACACCAAAGCUAGCUGAAGGUCAUCUUGCUGCGUCACUGUCACCCGAUUCGAAAUCGUCCCCUUAUAUGGGAACGCAUCACAACUUGGAUCAUUCGCUACAGUCAGCAUACUAUCAUCCUCAACGUCCAUCAUCUAAAACAAAUCCAGCCAAUAUUUCGGAAUGUGAUACUCUCGGCAAUUCAGCUAACGAUGGCGUAUUCCCUUUGUGUUACGUUUGCGGUGGUAAUGGCGGCUGCGAGUCUUUACGUAUACGUCCGAAUCAAGAAUGUCCAACGGAACCAUAUUUUCCCUUCCUAGAACGCCAUGAACCGCCUAACGGCGUGCCAAAGGUAGCGAACAGUCAAACAUAUGUAAUCGCUUGUAUGUUAUGUUACCGAUCCUUGCGAGAACAAUGGGAUGCAUACGAACGGAAGAAGAAACCGCAUUUGCAACGCUUAUAUCAUAUGAAACGGGUGGAUGGCAAAAAUUACAUAGGCGCCGACAUCCAAACGCAAGGCGAAUAUGCUGCUCAGGUGCUCGGCUUGAGUGCUGAUCAUUUGCAGCAUGGCACUUUGCAUGAGGAUUUCGCUUACUUUGGCAAUGUGCAGAGGACACCAAAUCGCGCUGAAUACGAACGGCCGGCGAAUGUGGUAAAUCAAUAUUUUCCUGUGCAUUCAAAUGAGCCGCCAUCGUCACUACAUUAUGCUCAAACGACGAAUGUCCCUAGCAGUUCAUCGGCACAACAGUACUGUGAUUAUUACAAUCGAAAUGUUAACGCGACCUUAAAUGGCCAAUUGACGCCACAACCAAAAGAAAAACAAAUUAGCUCCACGCAGUUACCUAAGGGUAUGACACACAUGAAUGAGGAACCUUCCACAGUUGAAACACGUAAAGCAGUUGCCAGCGGUUCGCCGUAUGAAUCAAUUAAUAUAAAAUCAUCAUCAUUUGCGCAUCACAAAUUCAAAUUGGGACAGAUUUCCUAUAUGAACUCAGCUGCAGCACGCCACGAUCUAAAUCCACCAAAUGAAGCUCAAAAACCUACUUCUAAUUUAACUUCUGAUAGCAAACAGCACCAAAUACAACAUCAGCGACAAGAUCGCAUCAGUCCAUAUGAUUAUGGUAUUGCAGCUGGUGGCGGAAGUCAUUCGAAUGCCCCUUCGAUGGCUGAUGCCGACGAUACUGGUGCCGCUUUAGAUUUGCGAAACUCUAACAACAUUUGUGAACCCUAUAUGCUAUCAUGCGGUACCUCGCGGCAAAUGUUUAGAAAUGCCUCGCCUAGCAAUACAGCCAACCAAGUGGAUGUCGGCAUACUGGAUUUGUCAAUGCCAGACAAAAACUCAUUGACUGAAGUAUGUUAUGUUUGUGGUGAUGAGCAGCGGCGUGGUAGUCUCAUCGAACUCAGUACUGUACGUUCCAAAGAUCUGAAGGGUCGCCAUCAUCCGUACUUUCCCAUUUUCAAUGAACAGCAUCCACGUCCGCCCCGUUCACGUCCAAAGGAUCCGCGUGGCAUGAUACAAGCCUGUCAGCUAUGCUUUGAAAAUCUUAUACAACAAUGGAACAGCUAUCAGACUGGCCAAACACCUGAAAAUGAUCGCUCCUAUACGCUACGGAAGAAACCCACAUCCGUCACGGAACGCACCACAUUUGUAUGCUAUACUUGUGGCGGCGAUACGCCCUCUUCACGUUUACGGCUCGUCUACUGCUGUCCAAAUGCUGAGCGCGAGCCCUACUAUCCCUUCAUAAAAACAAUGAAAGCUUUCAAAAACGCUAGUCCAAUUAGUCCACAGGGCAUGGUGCAAAUAUGUUCCUCUUGUUAUGAAAAGCAUUUAUACUUAGCUGAAGGUGGCAAUAAUGCUACAAUGGCAACAGCUACCUCUACGGGGCGUGUAUCCGUCGGCGCUGGCUGCGAUAAUAGCGCUGGCGUUGGAGGUGCCGGCGUUAUUUACAGCAUUGAUAGCGACUCAAAUCUUAAUAACAACAAUGUGAUCGGCACCAGUGCUGAGGGUGCUGGACGUUAUACACCCUCUGAGAAGUCAUUAGCCAAUUCCGAUUCGACAAGUAAUGUGAAAUUUAAGCCAUACGAACCAAUCUCAAAUAGUUCUCCAUCCACACAGCGUGAUUUUAAAUUCGCACGACAGGGUGAUUCGCGUCCAAAUUCGCCGACAUCAUCAUCUCAGGGACCCGGCGAAAAUGAGCGUGGACAAUAUCCUUGCUCCAUUUGUAAAGUCCUUUGCGCUGCCAACAAAAUGGAAUGGCUCUCUACUAGCGCCGAACACAUGAAUUCGCAUGCCAUGCAUUUUCCCUGCUUGCGUGGAAGCAAUAGCAACAGUCGUGAUAAUGUCAGCUUAAGUGGCAACAAUGGAGGUGGUGGUAAUGGUAGCGGUGGCUCUGCCAAUAACAACGAUACCAACAAUCGUGUACUCGCCUGCAAGGAUUGUGUUAAUUACUUAGCGCGUCAAUGGGAGACAAUGGAUGCCGAGCGUGUGCCAUUAGAGCAUAGAAGAUACAAUAUACCUUCGCCCAUGAUCACUUCAAGCUCACCCAAUGGCUCACGUCAUGGCGGUCUAACCAUAACUACACCACCGUCCACGCCAUCUGUGUCUUCAACGCCAGCCAGUACAUCGAUUUAUUGCUUCCUAUGUGGCUUGCAUUCGGAUUUGACAUUGGCGAGGGUGUUGUAUGCAAGCAAAGAGGGCUCGCGACCAUAUUUUCCUCAUCUCCUCAAGCACAAUUCGCUGCCAAAUGCUGAGCAACUGCGCAAGGAUUACUCAGCGCUCGUUUGUACAUUCUGCUAUCAUUCGAUGUUGAAUCAGUGGCGCAAGUAUGAAGCUCAAACGCCUGCUAUAGCGCCAACCGAACGCAAAUAUAAUUGGCACGAUUAUAUAUGUCACCUGUGUGGCAUAACGACUUACCGAAAACGUGUGCGCGCGCUACCAGUUAAUGAGUUUCCAUUUGUGAAAAAUCGUAAAAAUGGCGAUGGUCUUUUGUUGGAAAAUGGUGAAUACGCUGUUGUUUGCUUGGACUGCUACGAAAGCCUACGACAACAAGCAUCGCAUCAUGAUCGUUUUGGUGUACCGAUUUCUAGGCGUGGAUAUAACUGGGUACCACAACCACCACCACCCGAAGAUAGCCCGGAUGUUGCAGUUGCACGUUUGCCAUGUGGAGAGCGUUCCGAUCGAUUUCCCAUAAACACCACCCUUCGUUCCAUAUCGGCAAAGAAGAUUGCAUCGCCGAAGCAGUGUGAAAAAUCAAAAGAGGUUCCCCCAAAGAGUGGCCAAAAGCGUCCAGCAACAAGCCCAGCUCCUCCCAUACCUUCGCCGCAUCACAUCCAAUCUCCCUCCACCACACCCGGUGCUGGCAAUAGCAGCGGUGCCACAUCGGCAGCGCAAAUGUCAUCCAAUCCGGCGUUGAUGAACCACGUUAUGCCCCCCAAUCAAUUGAGUGGCUUGCAAGCCGCUUCGUUGCAACAACAACAGCAACAGCAUCAGCAGCAACAACAACAACAUCAGGCCCAUCAGCAGGCCGUAGCUGCCGCAGCAGCAGCCGCGCAAGCUCAACAACAAAUGGUAGGCGUACCGAAUGCUUUAAAUGCGGCACAAUCGAGUGGACGGGGGCCCUUCGCUUCCGCCCUGCGUAAUUUGGCUAAGCAAGCUGAUAUUAAAGAGGAAGAUGAAAUCAAUGUACGCGGCGAACGUACAGAACGCGCUGUGCAGCUAAGCGCUGGUGGAGGCGGAGGCGGCGUGGGUGUACCAACCGCCGUGAGUGUCGCCAAUACCAAUGUCAAUGUAUCUAAUUCGGUGCGUUCUUCAAUGGCCAAUGAACGUCUGCCUUCAACCGGUGGCAGUGGGCCCGUUAGCGGUGUCGACGAGCGCUUAAUGGCUAAAAAGCGCGCUGCAGCGUCGCCGCAACCGGCUGAGAAGAUUGCGCGCAUAAGUUCGCAGCAAUCGGUGCAAAUGCAGCCUGAGCUGUUGGCGCGCAGUGGCUUCCAGCCUUAUCGGUCAGAUGAGCGUCUCAUACAUCCAGCUGGCGCUUUCCCUUUGGAUGCCUACGCCACCUUCGCUGCUUUGCCAACGAUGCCGCCAGGAGCAUUUUUGAGUCCAGCUGGCCUGCCUUAUUCCGAUCAACUGUACUUAGACCAACGCUUUCAAAUGCUACGCGCCGCCGGCUCCCAUCAUACCCAUCCACAUGCCCUAUAUCCGCCAAUGGCUUCGCCUUACGCCUCCCAUCUUUACUCCAUGAUACCAGGUGCUGCGCUCGGCUUGGGUUCCGCAUUGCAUGAACGCAUGAAAUUGGAAGAGGAGCAUCGCGCACGUAUCGCUAGAGAGGAGGAGCGCGAAAGGGAAUUGCAAAGAGAAAAAGAGCAGAGAGAGCGCGAACGUGAGCAAAGAGAACGCGAGCAACGAGAGAAAGAACAACGAGAGCGUGAACAGCGAGAAAAGGAGCAACGUGAAAAGGAACAAAAAGAAAAGGAAGCACGCGAACGUGAGUUACGAGAGAAGGAGCGGGAGGCAAGAGAACGGGAGCGUCAAAUACUCUCGGCAUCGCAUCACUAUACAAGCCAGUUAUAUUCGCCCUUGGGGCGUAACUUGCUCGGACCGAUGAUGCCACACUUGGGCUUGGGUUUGCGUGCGCCACCUGGUGCGCUGCAUAGCCUGCCACCGAUGUCAGCCUACCAUGCGGCGGCAAGCCAACGCCAGAGUCCUCACGCAGCAAUGGGACUUAAUCUAGGCUUGCCUGGCCUGGGCGGUGUGACAUCGCUUACGCAUGGCCCCGGCAGCUUGCCGCACCACCUACAGUCCUCAGCGUUAGGUUUGCCACAUCCAGGUGCCGCUGGUCUAACGCAUCCAGGCUUUCCCGGCGCAGCAUUAGGGUUGUCCCACCACGGACUCAAUUUAACACAUCCACAUAUCUCACCACACCAUCCGGCAAUGGUGCCCAGUCAUCAAAUUUCACCACACUCAUCUAUACCAUCAACCUCUACCACUACUACAUCGCCGCACAAUUUGAAUUUGGGUUUGCAAAGCAAUGCGGGUGUCAGCAUGAAGGUAUCGGUGCCCAAUAGUGUUUCACAAUCCCCUGUAUCGGGUUUGCAAUCCUCCAGCAGCAUGACUCAAUCCACUGCAACGCUCUCCUCACACAUUCCGCAAAUGAGCAACUCUCUUUACCACUCGCAUCACACUAGUCAGCAUAUGGCCAGCGCUGGACUGGCGCCCGCAUCUGCCCAUCAGCAGCCGCCGAACUCAAUGCCGCUCUCGCUAACUAGCAAUUCAGGCCGUAGCCACUCGGCAUCACCGAUCACAAUGAAAUCAGUCCAACAGCCCUCCAACAACCCGAGUAUGCAUAAUCAAAACGGCGGAAGAUCUGCCAGCACCCCACAUCCAUCACGUCAGCAUGGCAUUAGCGCGGCACAGCACCAACAAAAUGUGUCAGUACACGAGAAGUCAAAUGCGUUGACAUCCAGCGCUCUAGAACCCGCCACGCUGGAUUUGACCGGAUCUAACUCGAAUUCCAGCGUACAGGUGUCCUCCGUGGCCAGUAGCGGUGGUCACAAUACACACACCAAUGAAGUGAACGGUGGUGGCGCAGAAGCAGCCGCCGAUAAAGAGCGUAAAGAUGCUGCUGCAAUGGCGGCGUCUUCUAAAAAUCUCGCCACCAAUGUAAGCACCACCGAUAAGAGAAGUCCAUCGAUAUCGCCGCCAGUUUCCGCCAAAGAUAAUACCGUAUACAAUGUGGGUGUGUCGCCGCAUGCAGAAGAGGCAACACGUCAAUGCAGUCCGAAUAGCGCGAUGCCAACAACUGCAGAGCCUCAUACAUCCGUAUCACCACCAGCAAAGCAGCCAGCCGCCGGUAGUGAUGCAAUUGUUGCAGCCGGACAACAUGUUGGAGCAGGAGAAGCAGCUGGUUCAGGUAAUUACAGCAACAGUACCAAAGCUAUGACCGUACCUCCAGACAACAGUGUCAAGCCUACGAGUGACCCCAGCUCCAGUGGUGGUUUUACACCUAAUUCUCAAAGUGUAACCAGCGAUGUAGCGCCGCCGAUGGCAAGUGCGACAGAAGCACUACAGCCGCCAGCAACACCAACCAACACCACAAACACUUCGCCCACGACGACAACACCGGAUGCGGGCGCCACUGUAGGUGGGGUAACUUCCACCACCGGUGGCAGCACCUCGCCGCCAGUGGUGAGCAGCAGCACGAAUAUUGUAAACAAUAAGCCACACAAAGCUAACUGCGAUGAGACCGUGUCCAGUGCGACGUCGACUACGACCACUGCCGCUGUCGAAGUGAAUGGUGGUGGUUGUGCGGGUGGUGUUGGGGGUGGUGGUCGGUGAUGCUGUGUUGCUGCGUGUCUCUCUGUCUGGUGGCACCAUCAUCGAAAGCAAGCAACAGCUGUACUUUUUCGCUCAUAUAAAUAUUUAGUAACUGUAACUACUGUGUAACUAUAAGAAUAAGCCAAGCUUCAUGCCAUGUACUACUACCCGCUGUUGGAUAUCGUCGCCCGCUCCGUUGUUCUUAUUUUCGCUAAUCUCCAAAUACUUUACUUCUAACACAAACUUCCUUUACUUCUAACACAUUGAAUUAUCGGUUUAUACUUUAACGUUUAAGCAGCAAUUUAUUAUCGGGACUAUGCGUUUAUGUGUUUGUUUGAAUUUAGUUGUAGUGUAGUUUUCAGUUAACUUUUAUUUUAAUUCACUUUUCAUUUGAUUUCAGUUCUAGUUUAGUUUCUUAAGAAUUAUCUACAUAUACGUUGAGUUCUAAUUAAGAAUUAAACAUAUAGAUGGUAGAAAAACAAUUUGCUAACACCACACAAAUAAUAAUUAAUAAUAAAUAACAUGUGCAAAUUAUUCAAUUUCAAAAUUACAUCUUUUUUGAAUUUAUGAAAUAAACUUUGCAACCUAAAUUUGAAGACUGUGUUUCUACUAUUCUUGUUAUUUAUUGAUUGUUGUUCGUUUUUUUUUUUUUUUGAAAUGGCUGCUUUUGUUGAUUAAAUUUUUUGUAUGUUUUUAUUAUUUUAAUAAGAGGUCGUGAGAACCAGAGUAUUCUAAUCAUAAUUAUAGAAAAAAAUAAAAAUAGAGAUGUAGCAAAAAUUAUAUAAUUAGGUGUUGCUUAUAACGACAGCAACGCCCGUUUAGCAACAAUUUUCUCCAGAUUUUGCCAAAAAAGUAUUAGAUACAACCAUACCUAAUUAAUUAUUUUCCACCAUAUGAAGAGUUUUUGCAGAUAAGGCACUUUGAUUCUCACUGUUGCCUUAUAUACAUAUGUAUCAUCACCGCUACAUUGAUUUUUUUCUCACGGGAGAAACUAAAAUCUCUUUUGAAAUGGGUAUUGUAGCCUUCGACUUCGAAAUCUCCAAAACUUGUUUAAGUGUUUUCACCGCAUCUUCUUGUGAUUUCGUUAACAUUUUGUGGUUUGUACUUGAUUUUACAAUAAAAAUGGUGGCACUUACCUCAACAACAGUACCAUGCAAAUGAAAAAAACGCUUUGAAAAAAGCGCCAUAAAAAUCCGCUCUCAACUCGCUUUUAAUUACAGACUUGGUACAAAUUUAAUAGCUUACAAAUAUUUUCAACUUUAUAAUAGAGCCUUCGUUCUCGCGAUAGCCUUGGCCUUCUCACAAGAUUCUCGUGUAUUGAAAACCUCGUUAUACUCGCGCGCUUUUCAAUGCUUAAUUUUAGGCUGCGUGUUUAAUUUAAGGUAUUUAAACCAUGAAAUAUUGAAUUUCGUUCAAACGCAAUAUUAGUCUCGCUCCAAAAUAUAAACUAUGUGCCUGUUCAGUUCUAAUGAGGUCUGCAUUGUCCGCCCCUCAAGAAGUCCCUUUGCAAAUACCAGAUUCCACUGUUCAUAUUAAUUUAUUACUUUUACUCACUCUCUUUGUGUCGGGAACUCGAGUAUCGAAAUACUCCA